AUGUCGACACGACAGGGUUCAUCCCCAAACACCGCAUUAAGAACCUCUCUUCCAACGGCCUUUGCCUCCGUUGUCGAAGAAUCCUCCUACGCACAACCAACCCAAGAAGAGCAAGACAGAUACCUCGCAGCUCGCCCAGGUGCGACCGCACGCCAUUUAGGCAUCGCUCUCCAACAUGCGCAACAAAUCCAGGCCCAGAAAGACGCCGAGGGCAUGAUUCUAGAUCGCACGAUCGAGCUCCUCGAGAUUCCGACCUCCCCCUCCGCCGAACCUGCCACCCCUUCCCCGAAUGAUGUCCAAUCAUUCAAGACUGCCUUGCAACUAUUCAGGCCGGGCGAUUACGACAAUUUGAUCAUGGAGCGAAACUACGAGGAUUUGUGCGGAUACGGUCUUUGCCCGCGCCAGAAUCGCAAACAGCUCGGCGGAACAGGCUCAACGUUCCACUUUAAGUACGGCGCAAAGGGAAGUGGCCCAGGCGGUCGUGGUCGUGCGGUGGAUAUCGUUCCAAAGGGAGAAUUUGGAAAAGUGCUUUCAGAGCAACCGGUUUGGGAGAGACGGGCGGAUGAAACUGAAGACAUAAGAAUCGAGCUUCUGGAGGAAUCUCGGGAGAGACGGCAAAGACAGAAGCAGAAGCAGAAGGCUGAAAGUUCAAAGUCGGCCUCGGCAGAUCCUCAAAAUAGCGAGUCUGAUAUCACGGCUGGGUUGAGGGAUUUGAAGAUUCGGGAGGCUGAACGAUCCCAGGAGCUUGCUUUGGAGCGCGGCGACGCUGGCUCAUCUCUGCGAAAGGGUCGCGUUGAUAUCCAAGUCAAAGAGAAGGAGCCUUCAUCGCACGCAACUCCCACCGCACCACAGCUGGGGCCAGGUGAUGAAAUGGGAGGGUCCAUUGAAGGAUAUAUUCCUCAUGAACAGCUCGAAGAGUCGUCCAAUACCCUUAAGGACAGAGACAUCCUCGAUCAGCUAUGA